CAAGCGGAGUGGAAAAAAAACCCUGUCCGCAGCCGAUAUUAAAAACAUGCAGAGGAAGACCAACUCGCGGCCGCCGCGCACAGUCACACACUCGGGCGGACGAGCGUGACAUGUCCAUGUUCCCCCAGCCCGUGUGUAUGAAGAACAACGCGCUGUUCCUCGCCCCCCUCGUGGGCUCUGCUGUGUGAGUGAUCAGCUGAUGAAGAGACUAGCGGCUCGUCGCUAUGCUGGUUUGCUAAUUCUCUCCCCCCCAGCUGCAGCCGAUCCAGAUAGCCCGCCCGCACAGUGCAGUCAGCCUGAGCUCGGAGAGAGCAGUCCAACACCAGACAUGGAGGAGGUCAAUAAUAACGUGAAGAGGCGCAAAGGUGACCGUCCCCACGCAGACAAGAAGCCCCCGACCGGACCGGAAGCCGGGGAGCAGGUGAAGAGGAAGAGGGGACGGCCCCCCGCGGAGAAGCUGCCUCCGAACCCCCCCGGCCUCACUCGACAGCUCAACACGCUGGUGGACAUGGUCAUCAACUACAAAGACGGGCUUGGUCGUCAGAUCAGCAGAGGGUUUGCUCAGCUGCCCUCUAAGAAGGAAGUCCCGGAGUACUAUGAGCUGAUCCGGAAGCCAGUGGACUUCCGAAGGAUCAAGGAACGAGUGCGUAAUCACAAGUACCGCAGCGUAGGGGACCUGGAAACGGAUAUCUUCCUCUUGUGUCACAACGCUCAAACCUUCAACCUGGAGGGAUCUCAGACCUAUGAGGAUUCGAUCGUCAUCAGGUCUGUGUUUGAGAGUGCCAGACAGAGAAUAGUGACGGACGAAGAGGAGAAGGAGACGCCCGUCACCGGUAGCCACGGCGAUAACAGCGGCCGGAUGGAAGGUUUCUUCCUUCCGUCAACAUUCAAAGCGCCAUCGAUUCCCCUGAAGACAGAGAGUACGGAGGAAACAGGAAGUAGAAGCACAGUGAAGAGGCUCCACCGUGGGCACCGGGACGACCAAGAGGCCAACCCCACAAACCACGAGAGUGGGACUUGAGGAGCCGUCCCUUUUCUACCUAUAUAUACUGUAUCUAGCUACCUAUAAGCAUAUAUUCUCACUUUGCUAAAGCCGUUUACUCCUCUGUUCGUUGGUUUCUAUUUCAGAUCCGACUUCAACAAAUGUGCUCAGUUAUAGCAAAAGGGUAAUACUACCUACGCAAGGACAAAAAAUAUUCACUACAAUGUAUUCGAAGCUGGAAAAGAAACAUGGUGUUAUUUGACUUAAUUUGCAUUAUUGCUGAUGACCAUUCAUUGCUUUGGUAAAGAUAUUUGUCUGAUACAUUUUCAGACUUUUUCAGGCAUUAUGAUUUCACACCUCCAAAGCUCUUUGUAAAACUAUGGCCCUUUGUACAUGAUUGAGAACAUUAUUGAUGGUUGAGGUUAUUGACGGCAUUGAGGUCAUCAUUGGUGACCAAAGAAGACCUUGAAAAGCUUUUCCAACGAAGAUUGACUGGAAUGCUUGAAAACUUUUCUCUCCGAUACCUGAUGUGAGUCGUUAAUAAUACAAAGAAUUUGCUACAAUAACAUGUUUUUUGUGUUUUUGUCCUAAGAGAACACGUUAUACAUAAGAAACAUGUGAAUGAAUAAUUAUUUGUGCUAAGCCCUCCUUCUUUUUGUUUGUUAUUUAACUACCAGAAAUGACUCACUUAAGACUAUGUAACUUUAAAUCAGUUCAUGUUCAAUGUGAUUGUUACUGACAAUUCUGUUCUCCAUAAAAAUUUUGAACACUAGUGUUUAACGAUUGUGUAAUCAUCUGACUGAUGUGUGGUUUGUGAGUACUUAUUUAUAAUAAAAUCUAAAUUAAU